UGCCGAAAACUCAGCCUCUUCUGGAUCACGUUCAACUUCACUGAACAACCCCAAAAACCGAUCCAAAAAAGUAAAGCUUGAAGAGGAAGGAAGACAAGAAAAAAAGAGAAAAAAAACGCGAGGUGCUCCCAACUUCUGUUCACCGCUAUCUGCAAAGAAUUGUCUUCCGGUGUUGACUUUUUUUUUUUUACGAGCACUGCAAGAGAAAACCCUCCAAAGCACAAAGUUGAACGUGAGAAAUGUGAAGCUACCGGCUUGUGUGUUUCAACCAGGCUCCAGGAUUCUCUAUUAAUCCAUGCAGUACAGUGCAAUGGAUGAAUUUCAUCCCUUCAUCGAGGCACUUCUUCCUCACGUCCGUGCCAUCGCCUACACAUGGUUCAACCUCCAGGCCAGAAAACGCAAGUACUUCAAGAAGCACGAGAAGCGGAUGUCCAAGGACGAGGAGCGCGCGGUGAAGGACGAGCUUCUGAGCGAGAAGCCCGAGGUGAAGCAGAAAUGGGCAUCCAGGCUGCUGGCCAAGCUGCGUAAGGACAUUCGGCAGGAGUACCGAGAGGACUUUGUCCUCAGCGUGACGGGCAAGAAGCACCCGUGCUGCGUGCUAUCCAACCCGGACCAGAAGGGCAAGAUCCGCCGGAUCGACUGUUUGCGGCAGGCUGACAAAGUUUGGCGUCUGGACCUGGUGAUGGUCAUCCUCUUCAAAGGCAUCCCUCUGGAAAGUACAGACGGGGAACGCCUCGUCAAGUCUCCACAUUGCACCAACCCAGCACUUUGUGUCCAGCCACACCACAUAACAGUAUCGGUCAAGGAGCUGGACUUGUUUCUAGCAUACUAUGUCCAGGACCAAGACUCGCAGCAGUCAGGAAGUCCCAGUAACAAUGAGCCAGGCAAGAACCCUCUUCCAGUCUACUUGGAAGACAGUUUCAUCAAAUCAGGAGUCUUCAGUGUUACAGAACUGGUGCGAGUGUCCAGAAUGCCCAUCACCCACGGUGCUGCGGUAAACUUCUCCAUGGUCGACAUGCCCAGCCAACCCUACUAUCAUGACCUGAACUCCAGCGUGGGGCUGCACCGCUCCCUGUCCUCCCCUCCCGGCAGCAAAAGGCCCAAAACCGUCAACAUGGAGGAGAACAUGGACACCAGCCCGACAGGACCUGACUUCUACUCGUCACCCAGCUCACCUGCCAGCAGUCGGGCAAACUGGCACGAUAGAGACGGAGCAGACAUGUCCUCUCCCACCAUGAAGAAGCCAGAGAAGCCGCUGUUCAGCCCCACCUCCCCGCAGGACUCCUCACCUAGACUCAGCACUUUCCCUCAGCCUCAUCACCCAGGCCUAACAGGUGUAGGACACAGUGUUAUAUCGACGAGGAGCCCCCCUCCACACUCACCCCUGCAGUUCUCGGCCUCAGCUAUCUUGCCCCCGGCGCCAUCGCCCUACUUCUCGCACACCACCAUCCGCUACCCGCCCCACCUCAACCCAGCUGAUCCCCUCAAGAGCUACGUGCCGUCAUACGACCCGUCCAGCCCUCAGAGCAGCCAGCCUAACAGCAGUGGCCAGGUGGUAGGAAAGGUCCCAGGCCACUUCACCCCAGUUCUGGCUCCCUCCCCACACCACGGCGCUGUGCGACCCGUCUCACUCUCCAUGCCAGACACCAAGCCCAUCACCACAUCCACAGAAGGCUAUUCAGCCCCUGGCACCCCGACGGCUAACCGUUUUGUAGGCCUGAGCCCAAGAGAUCCCGCCUUCCUCCACCAGCAACAGCUGAGGAAGUGUGACUGGAGCGUGACUCAAAACGGCAGGCAUUAUGGCCCCAGUGCCACUGACGACACUUUGGGGAUUACUUGGCAAAGUCCUGGUACCUGGGCGAGCUUAGUUCCAUUCCAAGUGUCGAACGGGACUCCGAUUCUGCCAACAAAUGUCCACCAGAACUACAGCAUAAACAUCAUUGGUGAGCCCCUGGUCCCCGCUGAGACAGGGAACUGAACACACCAGAGGCAGGAUGACCCCCAGGGUGGAUGCGUGGGUGGGGGUGUUGGUGGUGCACAGCCAGCACUACAGGUGUCCGCAGCCAUGGAUGAAACCAGCAAAGCAGCACGAGCUGCACAAUCGUCCCCCCAACUCCCAAUCUCGCCCCCUUCACCACCCCCCAGCUCCCCUCCCUCCCCAUGAAGGACACUGGCCGUGAAGUGAAGACGACGGUUCGGAGGAAAGAAAAAAGAAAACGCUUCAGGCCUGCUGUCUCCUCGCCCCGCCCAGCCCCACACAUCCACCAGCCACCAGUCAGUUGUUGCGUUUGCAGAACUUUUCAAUCCAUUCAAAUACUGUGAUGUAUAGAUGCCUUAAUGUUUUAUUGCAUGACACUCUAGUCUCUUAGCGGCAAUUCCUACUAUUUUUCCAUGUUGGGGGAAGAUGUAAAUUCUUGAUUUACACACACAAGUGAAGAGGUCUGCGCACCGACAACCUCUGCCUGGUGGAUGGCUCAGAGACUCUAAGCUCUCCGAUCAGACCUCUUGAAAAGAGGCUUUUCCCCACGUCAAACGACUCACUGUGUACACCAUAGGAACAAAAAAAAAAUUGUGAAUUCAGAGUGUUUCUUCUUCCGUUUGAUUUCAGUUUACUGUGAUACGACUCUUUGUUCAGAAAAUGUGUUGACUUUGUUUAUUCUUUUACUGCUACUUACUUCAAGAAUUAAUACUUACGGUAAGAGUUGAGAACUCUUGAUGCGGUUUUCAAAAAACACUAAAUGUUUGGCUUGAGAUUGGACCCCUCAUUAAAGAAUUUGCAACUCCUUUACAAAAGGAUUUUUUUAAAAAAAAGGAAAAAGACGGAGAAUAAGAAAAUCUCGAUAGAGGCAAGUGCAAUUGAAGUUUUUGAAGGGAAGCUAUCAGUCUGUCAGCCCUAAGACUCUAAAGGAAGGGGGAUAAAUAUUAAAUGGUUUUAUGGGUAAAAUGUUUAAGAAAACAUUUGAAUUUGAUUUCAGUCACAUAUCCGUCUUCUCACAUGAGAAAAAAACAUCAAGCGUGAAAGGCAGUUGAAGGCAAGCACUGAGCUACCUGUGCAGCGCUGAGCAAAACCAGCACUUCUUUUGAGCCCUUCCCAUCAUUAUGGGGAGUUUCUUUUUUAUUUAUUUUGGGGGAAAAAAAAAAUAACCGAACACAAAUAAAGAAA